AUGUAUGAGCCUAACACUAUCGGCAAUGAUAAAUCCAUUCUAAAAGUUGCAGGCAUUAAGGCGCUGCGUAUAAACAGGGCAACGCAGCAACUUGAAUUGGAGAUUCUCUAUGUGGUAGAUCAUAGCGCUUUCGACAAGUGGUACCAGAGGGCGGACUCUUCUCUGUCACAUUCUGCACGAGUAUCGAAGGCAACAGCAGACUUAAAACAGUACCUUGGUACCCUCAUACAUUCGAGCAACAAUGUGUAUAAGACGUUGGAGCCUCAUGGCAUCUACAUUACACUGAAGAUCGUUGACGUGCUUGUAAUGCAGACUGCUGCUGCCUCACCCUGGACAGAGAAUGUGAAGCGACUAGACGGCAAUGAGUAUGUCAUCGAGCCAAAGGACGUGCUGAAUCUGUUCCAGCCCAAAUCCAUACAGUUGCAAAACAGUUACCCACACGAUCACGCUAUGUUGUUCACCAUGUAA